AUGUUGCACCCUAAGAAUACAGAAAUAUAUUUCACCUUAAACAAUGGCACGAAAAUGCCUGCAUUGGGCCUCGGAACGGCAAACGUGGUAAAGCAAAUCCCGGAGACGAAACAGGCAGUGAAGGCUGCGAUCAAGGCCGGCUACCGGCACAUCGACACAGCCUGGGCCUAUCACUGCGAAGACCGGAUUGGUGAGGCGCUGAAGGAGCUAUUUGAAGAGGGCGUUAUCAAGCGUGAGGACAUUUUCAUCACUAGCAAGGUGUGGCCCACCCAUUGGGACAUAGCAGACGAGUCGAUCUCGCGGUCACUCAAAAACUUGGGCGUCGACUAUGUUGACCUGGUGCUUCAGCACUGGCCACUAUGUUACAGCAGACUCGACGACCCCGAUGGCAUUGACGGGAUCUGCAGAAAUCCAACCCACGAGGACGGUUCUCCCCACUACAACAAAGACGGCGAUUACCUGACCACAUUUAAACAACUAGAAAAAAUGUAUUUGGCCAAGGACCCUCGCUUUAAGGCCAUUGGUGUUUCAAACUAUCCAGUGGUGUAUCUGGAGAGACUUUUGAAAGAGUGUAAAGUCGUCCCAGCCGUAAACCAGGUUGAGAUGCACCCUCACUUGCCUCAGAUGGAAUUGCGCAACUUCUGCACUAAUCAUGGCAUUCGUUUAGAAGCUUUCUCGCCAUUUGGUGCCACUGGUGCCCCUAUGGUAAAAAACGCUUUGGUUCAAAAAAUCGCCGAUAAAUACGCAUGCACCCCUAACGACGUGUUGAUAGCCUACCAUAUCAGGCAAGGGGUAGUAACGGUACCACGUUCAGUGAACCCAAAGAAUAUUGUCUCCAACAUAGAUUUCAUUCCACUUUCCAAAGAAGACAUUCAUUCUCUAAACCAAUUUGGUGUGGAAAACCCAAAACGUUUAGUCGAUGAGGAAUUUGCCGUGGCAGUACCUGGAUUCCAAGAGAAUAAAUAA